GAGAGCAUCGAGCGGCGUGGAGAAAUAAACAUGGAGCGAAAUGUUGGGUCCCUCCAGGAGCAGGCCAUGAAGAGAAAAGAGAGGCUUAAAGCACUGAGAGACAAACAACUGCAUGGGUAUGAGCAGGAAGACGGGGAGCCAGAGAACAAAAAAGCUUCACUAGAGGAGACUACUGAAGAAAAGCACAGAGAGCUGAGACUGAGGAAUUACACUCCAGAGGAUGAAGAGCUGAAGUCGAGGCAGGUGCCCAAAGCCAAACCUGCAUCAGUGGAGGAUAAAGUAAAAGAUCAGUUAGAGGCAGCUAAUCCGGAGCCCAUCAUUGAAGAAGUGGAUUUGGCCAACCUCGCCCCAAGAAAACCAGACUGGGAUCUAAAGCGUGACGUGGCAAAGAAACUGGAGAAGUUGGAGAGGAGAACACAGAGAGCCAUCGCCGAGCUCAUCCGGGAUCGUCUCCGAGGCAGUGAGGAGGAGUUGGCAGGAGCAGUGGGAGCAGUAGGAGUGGAGGAGGGAGACUCGGACUAAACUUAACAGAUGUAAAAAAAAAAAUAAAAAAAUGGCCUCAGUUUACUGGGACUGUACUGCCACAUCUGUGUUGUGCUCAAACACACACUUACUUUCCUCCCUGCAGAGGUGAAAGUAAAGUUUUCUGUCAGGUCUUCAUAUUCAU